AAACUCCGUUUUGCUAAAUCCUCCGUUUUCUCUCUUCCAUUCCAGACUCUUCUCUCCAUCUAUUUCACAUACAUUUGUUCAUUCUGGUCUCCGAUCGGACUUUUCCAUCAAUCUAAAGCCGGAUUUUUUAACCUCCGGUGGCUGAUCUCAUCCUAUCUUACCAGGAAAAUCUCCAGUUUGACGUAGUUCAUCGUGUUUUAGGACAAUAUGGCGCAGUUUCAGAACCAAGAACUUGAGUAUAUGAUUGACGAUGAAUAUUAUGAUAUGACCGAUUUUGAGCACAACAACAACAACAACAACAAUCACCUGCAAAAAAAUUGUGCCGAAGAUUCAAUGGACUCAGAUUUCGAGGACGAUUUUGACCAGAACAAGUCAAAAACAGAUACAUCAGCUGAAGAAGCUAGAAACGGGAAAGAUAUACAAGGGAUUCCAUGGGAAAGGCUCAAUUUUACAAGAGACAAGUACAGAGAAACAAGAUUGAAGCAAUACAAAAACUAUGAGAACAUUCCACACUCUCGUGAACAUUUAGAAAAGGUGUGCAAGAAAGUAGACAAAAGUCAGACUCUUUACAAUUUUCAGUUCAAUACAAGGCUUGUGAAGCCAACUGUCGUUCAUUUUCAGCUGAGGAAUCUUUUAUGGGCAACCUCAAAGCAUGAUCUCUACCUUAUGCAAAACUACUCAGUCAUGCAUUGGUCUUCACUUCUCAAGAGGGGCAAAGAAGUAAUUAAUGUCGCUAUGCCUGUAUUACCUACUUUGAAAUACCCCGGGUCCUUUUCUCGUUCACUGUCGCGAGUCCAGGUCAGCACAAUGGCUGUCAGGGAUGACUUGAUAGUCGCAGGUGGUUUUCAUGGUGAACUAAUCUGCAAGUAUCUCAACAAACCCGGAGUCUCAUUCGCCACAAAAAUCGCAGACGAUGAAAAUGCCAUAACUAACUCAGUCGACAUAUCUUACGGUUCAAGUGGGUCCACAAGGGUCAUGACCGCCAACAAUGAUGCACUUAUACGUGUUUUUGAUGCAAAAAGUUUUACUUGUACGGAUAGCUUCAAGUUUCCAUGGUCCGUUAAUGACACAUCCGUGAGCCCCGAUGGUAAAUUAUUAGCCGUCCUCGGGGACAGCACCGAAUGCUUACUAGCCGACGCCCAUUCAGGAAAAGAAAUUGGGAAAAUGAAAGGGCAUCUAGACUACUCGUUUGCGUCUGCGUGGCAUCCAAACGGACAAAUUGUGGCAACGGGUAACCAAGACACAACUUGUAGGCUAUGGGAUGUGAGGAAUUUGUCUAAGUCUUUAAUGGUGCUUAAGGGAAGAAUGGGUGCAAUUAGGGGGAUUAGGUUUAGUGGAGAUGGUAGGUUCAUGGCUAUGGCUGAACCCGCAGACUUUGUUCACGUAUUUGAUACCGAAAGUGGGUACGGGUCGGGUCAAGAGAUUGAUGUGUUUGGUGAAAUCGGUGGGAUCUCGUUUAGCCCGGAUAGUGAGGCUUUGUUUGUUGGGAUAUCGGAUCGGACUUAUGGGAGUGUUUUGGAGUUUAAUCGGAGGCAUAGGAAUCAGUAUUUGGAGUCAAUGUUUUAGUAAAAAAACGUGGCUAUGUGUUGUGUGGUGCCUUGAACAAGCGCUCGAUAUAUAUUUGUUUGCUGAAGCGGGUUGAGGCCAUGUGUUUGUAAGCUCUGGUGUGACUGGUAGUUUUUGCUUUGGUUGCGGUGUACAUAAUUGGAGUCGUUAUAUGUUUGUGAAUUUUGGAUCAUGGAAAACUUAAAUAUUAAAAGUUUGUUUCCCUCA